AUGAAGCUGGCGGACAACGCGUUGCGGAGCUUCCGCGUGGCCAAGGUGUUCCGCGAGAACUCGGACAAGAUCAACUGCUUCGACUUCAGUCCCAACGGAGAGACCCUCAUCUCCAGCAGCGACGACGACUCCAUCGUGCUCUACGACUGCCACGAGGGAAAACCAAAAAGAACAUUAUACAGUAAAAAGUAUGGAGUGGAUCUCAUCAGAUACACUCAUGCUGCCAACACUGUGGUGUACAGUUCCAAUAAAAUUGAUGAUACAAUCAGAUAUCUCUCUCUGCAUGACAAUAAGUACAUCAGAUACUUUCCAGGACACAGCAAGAGAGUUGUUGCUCUGUCUAUGUCUCCUGUGGAUGAUACGUUUAUUUCUGGGUCACUUGAUAAGACCAUCCGACUUUGGGAUCUCCGGUCUCCAAACUGCCAGGGUUUGAUGCAUCCUCAAGGAAAGCCUGUGUGCUCAUUUGAUCCAGAAGGGCUUAUUUUUGCAGCUGGAGUGAAUUCUGAAAUGGUGAAACUUUAUGAUCUUCGGUCUUUUGAUAAGGGUCCAUUUACUACUUUCAAAAUGCAAUAUGACCGAACCUGCGAAUGGACUGGAUUGAAGUUCAGCAAUGAUGGUAAACUUAUUCUUAUAGCGACCAAUGGCGGGUUCAUCCGGCUUGUUGAUGCCUUUAAAGGAGCUGUUCUUCAUACAUUUACAGGAUAUAACAACAGUAAAGCUGUUACACUAGAGGCAUCCUUCACCCCUGAUUCACAAUUUAUAAUGAUUGGAUCAGAGGAUGGGAAGAUCCAUGUCUGGAAUGGAGAGACCGGAAUGAAGGUUGCUGUGUUGGAUGGGAAACACACAGGCCCUAUAACCUGUUUGCAGUUCAACCCCAAAUUUAUGACUUUCGCCAGUGCAUGCUCUAAUAUGGCCUUUUGGUUACCAACAAUUGAUGACUAGUUCCAUUCAUCGUUUUCAUUGGACAAUUCUUGACUGUACUGACAGAAAUAUAUUUAUGAUGAAGAUGGCAAUGAAAGUAUUGCGGGUGCAUCACUCAGGCAGAAUGUUCCAGUCCAGCACUUCCUGUGUAUUUUUUGCUGCAUUUUUAUUACUUUUUUUUUUGAAAUAAUAAUUUGGUUAUGCAGAACCUUGCCUGGAAAAUGUAAGACUGUGAUGUCUGACAGCAUCUCUAUUAUAGCAAAACACAUUUCAAAUGAGCUGAAGUCGGCAGCUUUGCUCUGCAAUACAUUCUGUGCCACAGUUUGUGCAUAUUGACACUUUAGUCCUUUUUACAUUCAAUGGAAGGCUGUCACUUGUUUAAAAGUGCCUUCCUGCAUUACAUUUUCAACAACCAACGUCUUCUGAGCUCUUCAUUUUUCUUAGGCAAAUGCUUAUGUUAUGUAAAACUUCCGUGCCAUAAUAUGUACGCAACUAUUCAAUUAUUGAAGGACAUCUCACAUGCUACUUGAGAAAGGUCCUCGUGCUAUUAUCAGGUUUUAGCUUCCAGCAAACUACAGAUUUUCAGAUACUUUCCAUGGACAGCAUCUUGGACACGACGUCACUUCGAAGCGUAGCAGAGAAUCAGAAGCAAUAUCAGAACUUUUCUGUUGGAAAAUGCUGUAAAGCAGACAAGAUCAGAACACAGCCCCUCUUCUCCUUCAGUGUAAUUUUAGCAAGCUAUGUAAAUAUGGGGAGGGUGGAGGUUUCGUCCUUCUUUUUUUAAACAUUUGAUAUUAAAAAGGUAACACUUGGACCCAUGCAGUAUCAAAAAAAUGAGUCUUGGUUAUGUAUUUGCCUUUCAUCAAACAGUCCAUGUUUCUAUUGUAUUCUUCCAGGGUAUUCAGUAGUGAUUUGAUGCAACUAGAAUUUCCAGUUAAUGAAUACCCAAAAACAAUUCCAGAAAAUAGAAUGAACGCUUGUGGUAAACGUGCAGUGGCAUCCUUUCUGAGUCAAAAGGAAAUGCAUAUAAAUUCAUCUCUUGUGGCUGUAAUCCUGAUACAUUUACACUUAAUUUAGGAAGGAAUUCAAUGAACUAUCUGGGCCCAUUGCCUUAUGAUCUUCAUUAUCAAACAUGUAAUGCUGAUAACCUCUAUAUUUCAGGAAUUACAUUUCAAACAAGUAUGGUCCAAAUCUUUCAUGCUCUAGUAGUUUUAAUCCCGCAUGAGUCCCACAUUUGACUUCCCCAGCCAGCUUUCUUUAUCCGUGCUCUGCUUUUCAUAGCACUAUUUAGAUGUUGUGUUCUUUUCUCUAUAUUGUUAAUAUCUGUUGUAUUACACUGUAAACAAGUGUUUUCUGCCUCUUCACAUGAGCUUUUACACAUAAUCCAGCCUGAAAGAAUGUAAUGCUUUAAAGUUUGGAUUGGUUAGCAAAAACUAAGGGUGGAUUUCUUGUUUCCUCUGUGCUAAAAUUUUAUUUUAUCCAUAUUCAAAAAUGAUUUAUUCAUUGUGUCCAGCUCUUUGGAUGCCUGAAUGCAAUGGUGCAAGUAGUUGCAUAUCAACUCCAGGCUUCUGUUGUAUUAAUUAAGAGCAGGGCAGCAAGGGCAGGCUGGUCAGAUGCAUCACAGAUUUGGACCAAGAUUACAGGCAACGAUGCCUUGUGGGUUCGUUUUAUCAACCCUUUUAAUACAUGUAAGUAUCUUAAUACUUCACCAUGCUUGUGACUGUUCUAAGUUUCAGCUAUUCUUUUUUAAAAAAAAUAAAAUGUUAACUUGGCUAGUCUGCCAUUCAACUAACAAAAACUACACUUGUUUUAUCAACAUUUUUUUAGAAAUACAAAGUCUUUCAUAUUUCACUGUCUGGCUGUUCCUAGUUAAGCAGGUUUCCUUUUUUAAAAAAAAUAAACUUUUUUGAACAUGUCUACUUUGCCAUUCAAUUGGAAACAUCAAGUUAUCUGAUAAGCAGCUUGUCAGCUGUACAUUUCUCUUUUUAUCCUGGUUAAAUAAUUUAUCCUUGAUCAAAUAAUUUCUCUGGCAAAGCACUUCUUGCAAAUAUAUUCAGAUCUCUUAAAAGCAUAUUAUGAAUACAAAGUUAGAUUUUAAUUUUGUAAAUGUGUACCUGCAGCUUGAACAUGACCUUACAAAUCUUUUUAGUUGAAGAAUAAAUGACAGUGUCAGCCACGGGUGUGCUGCUGUUUCAGUGUUUAAUCACUCCUGAUUUCUCUUGUAUUCAUGUCCAUCAAAAUGCUGUACACUAUUUUUCUAGUAUAAGAAACAACCAGAUUUGGUUUCUGGAGCAGCUGCUGUAUAGCAAUUAUACGUUUUUAUUAGAUCCGCUAGGAUUGACAUAUUAAGAUUAUAAAACCAUGUGGAGCACCUUUUGGCACACUUAUGCUUUGUAACAUUCCUGGAUACAAAGGUUUAUAAAGUUAAACAUUUUAUGUAGACAUUAGAAAAAUUGUGUGGAUGCUGAUCAAAGCAGAAAUCGGCAUUUUUUUUUUGCUCUUUAUGUUACAACAAAGUAUGUUAUUCUAUUUCCAGACUUCAUCAUGUGUGCCCUAAUAAUCUAAAAAAUCGAUGUUCAGUUCCGUUGACUAUUAUAUUGGGUGUUUAUCGUUCACUUUAUGUAAGUUCAUUGGAAAAGAUUAACUAUUGGACACAAUUGGAAAUUUGACCACAGGGAUUUGAGCUUCAGUUUUCUAUAGUUUUCUAAACACUUGAGACAGUUUACACCCUUAGACUUGCUAUUGGAUAAAUGCAUAUGAUUGGUCCACAAUUUUUCAUGGUUUAUGAAAAACCAAGUAUUGCAGUUGUACAUGAAAAUAAAAAGGAUUUGCAGAGGCAGUACCUUUGAUCAUGUCAAACUAUAUAAUUACCAUACAGUGGGCUGACUAUAGCACUUAAGUGUAGGGGGUAGCAAAUGAGAACAAUAGCUUUUAUUGUGAUCUUUUUCAGUAAGAAACAUGUAAAUUGGAACAAAAUUUUACAAUAUUUUUUCACUUCACAAGUACAUUAGACUCUCACUUAUCCAACAUUCGCUUAUCCAAUGUUUUGGAUUAUCCAACACAUUUUUGUAGUCAAUAUUUUCAAUACAUAGUGAUAUUUUGGUGCUAAAUUCAUAAAUACAGUAAUUACUACAUAGCAUUACUGCGUAUUGAACUACUUUUUCUGUCAAAUUUGUUGUAUAACAUGUUUUGGUGCUUAAUUUGUAAAAUCAACCUAGUUUGAUGUUUAAUAGGCUUUUCCUUAAUCCCUCCUUAUUAUCCAACAUAUUCGCUUAUCCAACGUUCUGCCGGCCCAUUUAUGUUGGAUAAGUGAGACUCUACUGUACACCUAUUCAGAGUUCUUUCCAGUCCUGUCUCUUUCCCAGGUGCUUUCAAUUUGCCUCAAAAUAGCUCCCUCUUUCCUAACUAGAGUUAUGCAACAGUGGACAAUGCUUAUAUUUAGAAGCACUAAAUUAUGGAAAUCUUACAUGGUACUGGAUGCCUGCAUAGCCAUUAUGAUCAGUUUCAAAUGUAGAACAGUAGUAGUCUGAAUAGAGCAUGAGGCGAAUACUGCUGAUUUUAAUAGAUUCACAACUAAAACAGAAACAAUACUUUAAAGAUUAGACUUGUUUUCAGAAUAAUGCAUUAUGUUGCUCUGAUGGAAAUAUUUAUGAAGGCUAAUAAAUCUUUAUUCAAUAA